AUGUCAACGACACAAAAGGUGAAGACCGUGCUAAUCACAGGGUGCUCUGACGGUAGUCCUGGAGCAGCACUUUCGAAGGCGUUCCAUGCCAAAGGUCACCAGGUUCACGUUUCUGCGCUGUAUCGUGAUGUCCUCUCACAAGAGGCGAUUGACUCCUGCAAGGCCAAGAUAGCGGAGCAGACUUUGGGAACAUUGGACAUCCUCGUCAAUAAUGCAGGCGGAGGGCAUUACAUGCCUUUCAUGCACUUGGAUCUUACGAAGGCGAAAGAACUGUUCGAGAUCAAUGUCUGGUCCUACCUCAGCGUGACACAGAGCUUCUUGCCGUUGCUAUUGAAUGGCAAGUCCGUCGCCGGAAUCAGAGUCUCAUCUGCAUAUGGUGCCUCUAAAGCAGCGAUGGCAGCCUUCAAUGAUGCGCAACGCAUUGAGCUGCAGCCGUUGGGUAUCCGCGUCAUCGACUUGAAGACUGGCAGUCUGGAGUCCAACUUUGGCCUGAACAAGACGAAUGCAAUCGAUCUACCUGCAGACAGCCCGUAUCAUGAGGUGAUCAAUGUCAUCUCGGGUAACGCGACUGAGGAGUAUGCUGAGGAUCAAGAGAGUUGGGCCAGGAAUGUGGUGGAUGAUUUACUGAAGUCAGAUCCUCCAGCACAGAUCUGGCGAGGCGGUGCUGCGGGUACCAUCCAGAUUACCAAAAAGGUCGAGGACUUCCUGCCGACGUCGGUACAAGACAAGCAGUUCCAGAUGCUCGGUGGACUGGAUAAGCUGGAGAAGAUGUUGAAGGAGAAGGGCAGAUCAUGA